CGCCGCCGCCGUACGCAUGCGCGGCUUUUUCGCGCGCGUCUUCACUUACGAUACUUUUUUAAACUUUUUUUUUUUAAGUUUACAAAGUGAGUUUGAAGUUGUGCGUGUGUGGUGUUUUUAAAAAUGAAAUACAAGAUCAAAGAAGUGGACGCAGAGGCGCCGGCGGCGGUCAAACUUGCUGAGAAACUAGAACGCACAGUCCGGUGCUCGUCGGUCCUCAUCGGAGCCCUGGGAGUGUCCCUGAUAGCCCUCGCCGUGUACACCGCGGUGCUGGUGCUCACGGAGCACUGGAGCCCGAGGCCGUGUCUCAGCGAGGAGUGCGUCGGGACUGCAUCCCGCAUCAUCGCAGCUCUAAACAAAGACGUGGACCCUUGCACAGACUUCUACGAGUUCGCAUGCGGUGGCUGGAUUAAGAAGAAUCCUGUGCCGGAAUGGGCCACGUCAUGGGACCAACUUGCAAGGUUACGAGAGCGGCUAGUGUCAGACCUGCGGGAGCUCCUGGAAAUGGAAGAUGAUCCCAGUCUGCCGCAGAGCGUCCUCAAAGCCAAGGCUUUGUACAGGACUUGCAUUAAUGUCGAUAAACUGGAAGCAGAGGGAAUCAAACCAAUCCAGAAGAUUCUAGAAGACUUAACCCUCCCACCGCGCCCGCCGAGCGAGGCCUCCGCUAACUUCAGUUGGGAAUACGUAGCGGGGCGGGGGAGGAGGGAACUAGGGCUCAGUGUGAUCCUUAGCGUCCAAGUAGCUGAGGAUGUGAGGAAUACUAGCAGGAACCGAGUUGUGGUAGAGCAAGUGUCUCCCGGCUUCAGCGAGCGUUACCUACUAGCUCCCGAGCAGUUCUCACACGAGUUGGAUCAAUACCACACGUAUAUCAGGGAGAUGAUAUCCCUGGCUGACCCACUAACCGACGCGGAGGAAUUCGCUGACGAUAUCGUGGCUUUCAGCAGGAGUUUGGCCAAGAUCAUGACGCCAGUGGAGGUGCGCCGGAGCGGCACCCACCUGUUCCACGAGGUUAGCGUGAAGCAGCUCGUAGAAGGAUCAGCAGGCGGCCCGGCGCAGUGGAAGGAUCACGACUGGGAGAAGUACCUCGAGCUGGUGUUCUCCAACACAAGUGUGGUGCUGGACAAGGACGUGGACCGAGUGAUCGUAAUGGACCUUCCCUAUCUGCAGAAACUGGCAGUUCUGCUCACGGAGACCAAACCUAUUAUCAUCGAACGAUUCCUCUGGUGGAGCGUCUUCUCGACCGUGGCUCCGAUGACUCUCAGCGCUUUCCGUGACCUCGGCUUCGCGUUCAGCAAGGCCGUGUUCGGGCUGCAGCAGCGAACGCCAAGGUGGAAGAGCUGUACCGCUAAUGUUAAUGCCAACUUUGGGGUGGCGCUGAGCUAUCUUUAUGUGAAGAGGCAUUUUGACCAGACUUCGAGACAGAAGGCUAUAGAAAUGGUAGAAGAUGUGCGCUCCGCGUUCGCUGCGGCGGUUAAGGAACUUGACUGGAUGGACUCCACAACCAGGGUGAAGACCUUGAACAAGCUCAGUGCUAUCAGGAAUUUCGUAGGCUUCCCUGCCUGGCUGCUCACACAUGAACAGUUAGAUAAACAUUACAAACAUGCGGAUAUUGUCCCUGACAACCUGUUCGAGACCUACUUGAAGCUGACGAGAGCUGCCGUCAAGAAAUCCUUGGAGUCUCUUCGAGAAACUCCCGACAGAAACAGAUGGGUCGCCACCGCCACCACUGUCAACGCUUUCUACUCGGCCACUCUCAACUCAGUCACGUUCCCUGCUGGAAUUUUACAACCGCCUUUCUAUGGCAAUGGAAUCGAGGCUAUCAAUUAUGGGUCGAUUGGUGCAAUUAUGGGUCACGAAGUCACACAUGGAUUUGAUGAUCAAGGUCGGCGGUAUGACGAGAUGGGCAACCUGAAGCAAUGGUGGUCGGCGGCGACUCUGGAGCACUACCACGGAAAAGUGUCCUGCAUCAUCGACCAGUACAGCAAGUACCACCUGCCGCAGCUGCCCAACUAUACGGUCCAUGGCUUCAACACACAAGGAGAGAAUAUCGCCGAUAACGGCGGACUCCGCGCCGCUCUCCACGCUUACCAACUCUUCAACAAGAGGGAGCCGCAGGCUAGAAGGGAUACCCUACCUGGCCUGCCUCAGUAUAAGCCUGAGCAGCUAUUCUUCUUAGGGUUUGCACAGAUCUGGUGCGGCAACUCCACAAUAGGCGCCCUAAAAUCCAAAAUGGUGGAAGGAGUGCACAGCCCGAACAAGAUCCGUGUGAUAGGGACCCUGAGUAACUCUAAAGAGUUCGCGGACGCGUGGCAGUGCCCGCUCGGGUCGCCCAUGAACCCAGAACACAAGUGCGUGCUGUGGUGAGACUGUGAUGUGCCAAAUGGGAGGCGAGGUUUAGUGAUGUGUCCAGUGCUUUAUGUUUAUUCAUAACCUUUAACCGCCCGGCGCACAUGCCUAUAGGGUAAACUCGCCUCAUUCGGUGACACGCCUAAUUCGGUGAUACAACUUUGAAGCACUAUUCCGAAAGGCGAUUUUUGAUUGUUUCACCGAAUUAGGCGUGUCACCGAAUGAGGCGAGUUUACAGUAAGACAAUGUGUGUGCGGCUAGGGCCCAUUUAGAUUAAUUCGUAAGAUAUAUAAAAUGUUUAUUGUAGCUCUUACCAUAUUUUGCUGACAAAUCAAAAAUACCUUAUCGAAAUGAGAAUCAGAUGGCAAAAUUGGCAAUUGGCAAAAUGGAAUAGAUGGCGAAGUAUAAUAUUCCAUAUCUAUAUUAGGUAUAUGGUAAAUUUAUUUUUAUUGGUAAAUGAAAAUGACAAACGUUUGCAAUAUAACGCCAUCUGCUGUGUUUGUAUUGUUUCUUAGGCUUUACAUAUCCCAUGUUAUAGAAUGAGAAAGAUAUUGUAACUGGAAUCAUUUACUAAACUCGUCUACACUGAAGUUACCGGGAAGUUACCGCCUUAAGCUAAGACGCGUAUUCUUAGUAACAUAGGUCGAAGUCAUUUGUACUUAUUUUAGGUUAUUUUAGUUUUAUUGCGAAAGUGAGUUGGCUAUGGCAUGUUGGCCGCUGCAAAGAACAAGUGAGUUUGGAGUGUUCACUCAAGACAUAGUAAAAACAUCGAAUAAGCUUUAUUUUGUUAUUAUACCUCCUGUACAACUUAAAUUUUAUAAUUAAUAAUGAACAAGGAUACCUACCUAUGUAUGAGUGACCACUCUAAGUUGUUUUAAUGCAUAAACCAUUUAACUUUCUUUUGGUUUGCUGCAAAAAAGACUAUAUGUGACUGAAUGAAUGACUUAAUGUAGAAAUUGUGGAACAUAUGAAUGUGAUAUAAUGUUUUAUAAGAACCAAUAGUUUUAAGAUUUAGAUUGGCACAAAUUCUAAGGCUGGAAAUAUUUUUAUGAGAUUAGACAUACAUUGGAGUAUUAUGUAUUUGUUACCUAUUAUAGGCAAAAAAAUAUUUGUACUAGAUUAUGUUUGUUAUAAGAUACUUUUUAUAAAAAGUGAUAUUUUGUAUUUGUAGCUGCAGAGUUCAAAUAAUUUACUACAAGAAAUAGCGUAGAUCUUUUUGAACUACACGUUUUUUUAAAACUUUAACCCAUUGAUUGCCUAUGGCAGCAUAUCAUUGAGAACAGAGCAGCUCAGUCAGUCAGGCAAUCAAAGGGUUAAAAUAUACGCAGCUGGACUGGAAUUAAACUCAAAUAUAUUUAAUUUGACAUGGAUAACUAUAAUGAUGUAUUGGUAAAAUAGGCCUUAGCCAAAUUCAGUAUUAUUAAACAAUUUGUGAGAAGGGUCCGAACUAUACAAAAACGAAUUUAUGUAGGGCCUUUUUUACAAACUAUUUACAGCCAAAACUAUUUAUAAUUACAUAACCGGACGAAUGGGACGACGAGAUGAUGGGACGGAAGAAAUUUUGUUGUCUUGUCUAAGUAAAAUCUUAUUUGUAACAACUACCUGUGGCCUGUUUCUCGAAAGGUACAAGCCUUGUAUUACAAGUGUGUUUCCAUGACAACCUAUACGAUUUGACAGUUCGCGCACUUGUAGUACAAGGCUUGUACCUUUCGAGAAACGGGCCCCUGGUUUAAAAUGAAAAAUUUGUCAGUCCUAUAAGUGUAACUCUAAACAGUUUUGACUGUUAUUAUUUAUAAUAAACAAAUACCAUGCAUUUUAAUGACAAAUACUAUUUAUUAAAAAAUAAAGACAAAGUUUCGUA